CAAGAAACGCAGCACGCGUCCGCCGGCGACGCCAUCAUCCCACCGGCUCGGACGCCAUGAUGGCGUGGGCGUCGGACCCGCAGGUGGCGGCCUUCUGCCGGUGGGAGCCCUACGAGUCCAGGGAGCCCCUGCUGGCGUUCCUCCGCGACACCGUGCUCCCGCACCCGUGGUUCCGCGCCGUCUGCGCCGUCCCCGGCGGCGCGGUCGUGGCGCCGUCUCCUUGGCGCCGACGGCGGAGCGGUGCCGCGGGGAGCUCGGGUACGUGCUGGCCCGCGCGCACUGGGGCAAGGGCGUGGCGAUGGCGGCCGUGCGAACUGAACUCGAGCUGAGUACGAACUGAGCUCGAGUUCCGUCCGUGCCGUGCCCGUCUCCUCUCCUUUCCGGGCGCGUCUUGCACAACUUUCCCUAAUCUAUCUAGGGAUCGCAUCUAUCUAUUCUCUUUCACCAGCGCCGUGCCCCCAUCGAUUCGAUCUCCUUUCCCCCGCCGCCUCCUCCUCCUCCACCCCUUCAGCGCCGCGCGUCAGCCAUGGUUGCUGAGGCUCCUUUCGUGGUGCUGAAGGACUCCGUGGCUGUCCACGGACUCACCGUCAGGCCGGAAGAAGAGCGGGCAACCGUCGCUCCGGGGAAAGAUUGGCCAAGCAUCCAGAUCUCUCGCAAGAAGGCCCAUGGGUGCGGGAACCACGGCCACAAGUUGUUGGAGGGCCUCACGCUCUACUUGCACAGCGACUUUGCAACGGAUCUCGGCUCCUUCCUGUCCAUCGGCCUGAGCGAUGAGGCUCGUCGAAGCAUCGAAGCCAAGCUCGGCGCCGCCCCCGGCGCCACCUCCUGGCAUGCAUGGUGCGUGCCGAGAGCACCGUAGAGAUCGUGACCGAGCAGCUCCUCGCCCUCCGAUCGCGCCUACUCCCUCGUCUACGACUCCACCGACGCGUCGCUCAACAUGAUCCCCAGCAUACCGCGUGGCCUCAUCCCCUCUUUCACGGCGGCGCCGGUCUUCAGGUCCACCGGCGUUGCCCGGGAUCAUGAGCUCGUCCUCCUGGCGCGCAGAAAAUGGCUCCAACUCAGCAACAACAACUACCGUGUCUGCGUGUGCACUCCGGAGACAAGGGGGAAUGCAGAACCUGACAGCACCGGCCUGUGGCAGGUAAGGAAGCGGUGCUUCCCGGAGCUGCCUUACGCCUUGUCGGUGGAUGAGGUGUUCUCUUUCCAAGGCAUGCUCUUCUGGGCCGACCUCUCUCAGGGCCUCGUGUACUGCAGCCACCAGCUGCCUGCCGGGGAAUCUCCCGUGGAAUUCGGCUUCACCAGCUUGCCCCGCGGGUACCUGGUGGAUGAGGAGAUGGCGCCGGAGCCGCUGAAGAUGGGACGGACCAUUAGCUGCAUUGGCGGCUGCAUCCGGUUCGUCUGCAUUGACCGUCACUCGUCCAGUCCCGGCGACUACACGGUGAACGUGUGGACUCCGGACCUGGAUCACCGGCAGUGGAAGGAUCACAAGGGCUUCCCGUGCCUUUGGAAAGAGAUCUUGAGGCAGGCCGGCUUCAUGGAUGCUGAGGCGAGGGACGUGGUGGCCCGGUACCCCGUCCUGAUUCCGGGCGGUGCCCUCUGCCUCCUGCUGUCCAACAUGCCCGGAAAGCCUGGUUACAUCUGCGGCUUCGACAUGGGCAACAAGAGUCUCCUGUGGUCCGGAACUUCGUGACUGUGGUACCAUUUAUUCUGUUAUCCUGCCUCGCAAUUUCUUCAGCAAGUACUAUCCUCCAAGCAAGGGAGCACGCAAGAGGAACCAGCCUAGCAAGACGGAGCUGCCAAGGAAAGCCAGGUUUCAGAAAUGGAGGGACUAAAGCCAGAGAGCAUCUGAUGAACAUGCUGAAAGGCAUCAAGAUGAGAGUUAUCUUCUACUAGAUCUGGACUCUUCCAGAGCUUGCUUACUUGUUUUUUGAAACUGAAGGCCCGAGCUUGCUUACUUCAUUACUUGUGCUUGCGUCUUAAUCUUGAUGCACUAAACAUGCAUGGAUUUAUCUGAUUGCUUCCUGUUCCAUGUAUGUUCUAAUGGUAGCUCCGUUAUUAAGAACAAUAUAUAUUUCAGGGAGAUUCCUCUGAAUAUUCUGUGUGUGCCUUGCCUGAUGAUAAUAUGCUGGGUCUUGUGUAUUUGUUUGGGAUGUUUAAGAUGUGUUUUCAUGUUUUUGCUUGAUCCGUUUCUUUUAAAGUUCGAUACAUGUGGCUCGUGGUCAAUCGGUUCAAUAAUUGGGUUUGGAAUUUUAUGCUCUAUACAGAUAGAGCAGGAGGUAGCAGAUAGCAGACUCAGUGAACAUCGUGUUUAUUUUCUCUGAGUUGGAUUGAUUUGCAUGCAUGCUGUAGUCCUAGUUGUUGAAAUGUUUGGGCUUGUUACUGUUAUUCAGCUAGGGUGCAAUAUCACGUGAAAUGGACUAGCUUUUUGAAUGUUGAUAAAACAGUGGAAACCAUAAUAGAUGGAUCUAAAAGAACCCUUGAAUUAUUUGUAGGAUGUAUGCCUUGUCUUUUGAGUUCCAAUGGCUGGGCGUUCUGAUGCAUGCCUUGUCUUUUGAGUUGGAACAGACACCAUUUUGUCAAAUCCCCUUCUACUGUCAGUGUGUCAACUAAACUUCCAGCAGAAUGUCCAAAGUUGGGUGAUUCUUGUUGUUUUGCUCUCUGCGUGAUGCUGUCAAGUGCGAACUCUCCUCUGAAGUCGAAAUUCCGCCAGGGACAGUGAACAUGCUGUUGUGUUUUCUGGCCGUCUUAUAGGUGCAGCGGUGACCGCUCCCUGGCUCAGAGCCUCAGACCAAGAAACGCAGCGCGUGUCCGGCGGCAACCGCGAUCGGAGCCCAUCAUCCCACAGGCUCUAGCGCCGAUGGCGGAGGUGACUCUCCGCCGCUUCGAGCUCACCGACGUGGACGCCAUGAUGGCGUGGGCGUCGGACCCGCAGGUGGCCGCCUUCUGCCGCUGGGAGCCCUACGAGUCCAGGGAGCCCCUGCUGGCUUUCCUCCGCGACACCGUGCUCCCGCACCCGUGGUUCCGCGCCGUCUGCGCCGUCCCCGGCGGCGCGGUGGUCGGCGCCGUGUCCGUGGCGCCGACGGCGGAGCGGUGUCGCGGGGAGCUCGGGUACGUGCUGGCCCGCGCGCACUGGGGCAAGGGCGUGGCGACGGCGGCUGUGCGGCGCGCGCUGCGGGACGUGUUCGCGGAGGUGGAGGGGCUGCGGCGCGUGGAGGCGCUGGUGGACGUCGACAACCCGGCGUCGCAGCGGGUGGCGGAGAAGGCCGGGUUCCGCCGCGAGGGCGUGCUCCGUCGGCACUACUGGCACAAGGGCCGCGCCAGGGACAUGGUCAUGUACAGCUUCCUCGCCUCCGACCCCCUCCCCGCCGAAUGAUCCCAUCCGGCCAUCCCAUGGCUGUUCCAUGCGUCUCAUCUUUCCUACGAAAUCGUUGGUGUUUCUCCACAAUCUUUUAUGCAAUCCAGAACAGUUUGUAUCGAUGCAAAUGAAAACCUCGUCUGCCUGAAUGAAAAACUGCUAAUUUCGCAUCAA